GAGUGAUGGUGCAAAAGUCACCUAAAAAUUGGGGCGGGAAAGGCGGUUACAGUUCAGGGAAACUAAUUGCACAAGUUGCAACUCGGAGGCCCGGAGGGUGCUCCCUACCCCGAGGGAAGAAGCGCCUCAGCCACCGAACUUUCUCCUUCUCUGACUCCGGAAAGAGCUACAGGAGAGCAUGGAACUAAUUUGCCCAACAGCGAUUAUACUCUUAGGUUGUAUUGCCCUUUUGUUAUUCCUUCAGUGGAAGAACUUGCGUGGACCCCCGUGCAUAGGAGGCUGGAUUCCUUGGAUUGGAGCUGCAUUUGAGUUCGGGAAAGCCCCUCUAGAAUUUAUAGAGAAAGCAAGAGUGAAGUAUGGACCAAUAUUUACAAUCUUUGUAUUGGGCACCCGAAUGACCUUUAUUACUGAAGAAGAGGGAAUGAAUGUGUUUUUAAAAUCCAAAGAAGUAAAUUUUGAACUAGCAGUGCAAAAUCCCGUCUAUCGUACAGCAUCAAUUCCAAAGAACAUCUUUUUCACACUUCAUGAAAAACUUUAUAUCAUGAUGAAAGGGAAAAUGGGUACUUUCAACCUAGAGCAAAUCUCUGGAAAAUUGACAGAAGAAUUACACAGACAGUUGGAAAAUCUGGGCACUCAUGGGACAAUGGAGUUGAACAACUUAGUAAGGAAUCUACUUUAUCCUGUCACAGUGAAUAUACUCUUUAAAAAAGGUUUGUUUCCCACAAAUGAAAGGAAAAUCAAGGAGUUCCAUAGACAUUUUCAAAGUUACGAUGAAGGUUUUGAGUAUGGAUCCCAGAUUCCAGAAUAUCUACUAAGAAACUGGUCAAAAUCCAAAAAGUGGUUUCUAGCGUUCCUUAAGAAAAGCAUUCCAGAUAUAAAAGUUUCUAAAUCGACAAAAGAAAAUUCCAUGACCUUAUUUCAGGCUAUACUGGAUAUGGUAGAGAUGGAGACAGGUGAACAAAACUGUCCUAAUUAUGGGCUCGUGCUUCUUUGGGCUUCUCUGUCCAAUGCUGUCCCUGUUGCAUUUUGGACACUUGCCUUUGUUCUCUCUUAUCCCAGCAUCCACAAGACCAUUAUGGAAGGCAUAUCUUCUGUGUUUGGCAAAGCAGGUAAAGAUGAGAUUAAGGUGUCUGAAGAUGAUUUGAAGAAACUCCUUCUGAUUAAAUGGUGUAUUUUGGAAACCAUUCGUUUAAGAGCCCCUGGUGUCAUUGCUAGAAAAGUGGUAACGCCGGUUAAAAUUUUGGAUUAUACUGUACCUUCUGGUGAUUUGUUGAUGUUGUCUCCAUUUUGGCUACAUAGAAAUCCAAAGUAUUUUCCUGAACCGGAAUCAUUCAAACCUGAACGCUGGAAAAAGGCAAAUUUAGAGAAGCAUGCUUUCUUGGACUGCUUCAUGGCAUUUGGAAGUGGGAAGUACCAGUGUCCUGGAAGGUGGUUUGCUCUGUUAGAGAUUCAAAUAUUUAUUAUUUUAAUAUUUUAUAAAUAUGAUUGUAGACUUCUAGACCCAUUGCCAAAACAGAGUUCUCUCCAUUUGGUGGGAGUACAGCAGCCAGAAGGACCAUGCCGUAUUGAAUUUAAAAGGAGAAAAUAAUGUCUACGUGGGCCUACGAGGACCAGACUUCUGGAGAAGCAACAUCUGCUAGCUGGGCACCCACUACUCAGCAUCUCAAUCUGAGUGAGCGCCACUAAAACAUGCUGCUUAACUUUAUUUUAGGAUUUAGUUCAAGAAAAUGACCAAAUGGUAUGUGUAUAUUUGGCAUCUCAAGAGUAGACCAAGAAUCUGACAUCAUUCUCAGUGACAUAAAGACCCAAACACAGGGUUUAUAGAAGAUGUUAACUGAUUAAAAAAAAAAAGAGAGAGAUUUCCUCAGAAAUUGGAAUCUGGUUUUAUGUAUCACUGUAUUAAAGCUUUAACUUUCUAUUUUGGAAAAGGCUAAAAAUCUUAGACUCCAAAAAAAUUUAAAUAAUUAUUUAUGAAAAUUUCUGUUUUUUCUUAGUAUGAUUUUUAACUAGCAACUGGAAUUUGUAAGCUCUUUUAAUAUAAUUAUUUCUUAUAAACACAUCUAAUGCCAAAAGUAUGAUAGCUUUCUAAGACCUGUCAAGACAAAGAUCAUGUCUUAUAUUCACUUACAUACUCAACUGCCUCAGGACAGCACCUUCUCUAUAAAAUAUAUUCAAUAAAUGUAAUUGAUUGAUUUAUGUUUUAAUUAAAGUGAAAACACCCUUUUGAAUCAAGGUGUUUAUAAUGAUAGUUUAAGAGAAAAUAUUUUUGCUAAUUAUAGAAACACAAAUAAAAUGGUAUGUCAAGGCAAGUAACAUCUGAAUCCGUUACUUAAGACUUGCGCCUGAAAUAUUUGCUGUGAAAUCCAGACAAGAAAUCCUAUCAUCUUCAGAGGAAACACAUGACCCUAAUAAUAGUCAUCAGUGAUGUCAUGAUUUGUCCUCCAAUUGUCAAUAAAAUGCUACUUGUUUCAUUUA